GCCGAAGCUAUCGCUGGACUGCCGACCUCCAUCUUAGCUAUCUGCCAAUCUGUUGUACAUAUCGCAUCAGUUAAUUCAUUGUAUGCCGGUGUACCAUUGAAACCUUUGCCAACUUUUUAUUUUUUAUUUUUACCACCGAAUUCCCAAUUGAUUGCCCCCACAGCAACCAGCAAUCAUGGCCGACAAGAUUCCCGCCAUUUGCCGCGACCGCGUCAGCCCCCGCGCCAAGCAGACCCUCGACAUCGUGACCAAGUUCGUCAAGGAAGAAUGCCUACCGGCCGACCCAGUCCUCGAAGCCCAGGUCGGCCAGGGCUCCGCCCGCUGGGACGCGCACCCGCCCAUCGUCGAAGACCUCAAGCGCAAGGCCCGCGCCCUGGGCCUGUGGAACAUGUUCCUGCCCGCCGGCCACUACAAGGAGUCGCCCGGCUUCACGAACCUCGAGUAUGGCCUCAUGGCCGAGCAGCUGGGCAGGUCCCGCGUCGCCUCCGAGGCUGUCAACUGCGCUGCUCCGGACACGGGCAACAUGGAGGUCUUGGCCAAGUACGGCAACGAGGAGCAGAAGGCGAGGUGGCUGAGGCCGUUGAUGGAGGGUGAGAUCAGGAGUGCCUUUCUCAUGACGGAGCCGCAGAUAGCCAGCAGCGAUGCGAAGAACAUUGAGAUGGACAUUCGGAGGGAGGGCAACGAGUAUGUCCUCAACGGCCAGAAAUGGUGGUCUUCCGGCGCCGGCGACCCCCGAUGCGCCAUUUACAUCGUCAUGGGCAAGUCGGACCGCAACAACAAGGACCCCUACCGCCAACAGUCGGUCGUGCUCGUGCCUGCCGACACCCCUGGCAUCACCAUCCACCGCAUGCUGAGCGUCUACGGCUACGACGACGCCCCGCACGGCCACGGUCACAUCACCUUUAGCAACGUCCGAGUCCCUGUCGCCAACAUGGUGCUUGGUGAAGGCCGCGGCUUUGAGAUCAUCCAGGGUCGCCUGGGUCCCGGCCGUAUCCACCACUGCAUGCGUGCCAUCGGCGCUGCCGAACGCGCCCUCGACUGGAUGCUGAUGCGAAUCAACGACCCGCGCAAGACCACCUUUGGCAAGCAGCUGCGCGAGCACGGCGUGAUUCUCGAGUGGGUGGCCAAGUCGCGACUCGAGAUCGACUCUGCCCGCCUCGUCGUCCUCAACGCCGCCAUCAAGAUGGACGACCUGGGCCCCAAGGCCGCCCUGGCCGAAAUUGCUCAGGCCAAGGUCCUAGUCCCCUCCAUGGCCCUGACCGUCAUCGACCGCGCCGUCCAGGCCUUUGGUGGCGCCGGUGUCAGCCAGGACACGCCCCUCGCCAACAUGUGGGCGCAGAUCAGGACCCUCAGGCUCGCCGACGGGCCCGAUGAGGUCCAUCUGCAGCAGAUGGGCAGGAACGAGAACAGGAGGGGCAAGGAGGCCGCAGAGGAGAUUGAGAGGCAGAGGAAGCGGACAGAGGAGCUUUUGAAACAGUGGAAGGUCGAAAGAUCGGAGCCCGGGACCGGCAUUACUAGGAAAUCCAAGCUGUGAGCGGUUGUUGGCUGGACAGGCUGCCAGGCUCUCUUGAAUUACAUCUGUGUAUCUAUUUGGACCCCUUGUGACAAAAGUUAUCUUUUUUUGUGAGGAUAGAAUCACCGAUGCCACCCCAUCGACUUUAAGUUGAUAUUAUGACUUCGAUACUGUUGUACCAUCUAGACUCGUAGAACAUUGAUUCCCAGGUCUGCGCAACGC